CACUUCCGCAGGGCCCGCCAUCUUGUUGGCAGUUAGUGGAGACAGUGCCCGGCUCGGCCACUCGCUUUUCGGUGCAGCGACUCAGUCCCCCGCCCCGGCUGGAGCACUGAGCCGCCGUGGCACAAUGGCCAACAAUAGCCCCGCGGUAGGCGCCGGCAACUGCCAGCAUCAGCAGGCGACCCAGCACCAGGCCGGAUCCGUCCCGCCGGCCCAGCCGCCGCUCCAGAGCGGGGCCCCCAAACCGGCGGCCUCGGGCAAGCAGGGCAACGUGCUGCCGCUGUGGGGGAACGAGAAGACCAUGAACCUGAACCCCAUGAUCCUCACCAACAUCCUCUCCUCGCCCUACUUCAAGGUGCAGCUCUACGAGCUCAAGACCUACCACGAGGUGGUGGACGAGAUCUACUUCAAGGUUACACAUGUUGAACCAUGGGAGAAAGGGAGCAGAAAAACAGCAGGCCAGACAGGGAUGUGCGGAGGGGUGCGAGGUGUUGGAACUGGAGGAAUUGUGUCUACAGCUUUUUGCCUGCUAUACAAAUUAUUUACUCUAAAACUCACUCGUAAGCAAGUGAUGGGCCUCAUUACACACACAGAUUCUCCGUACAUUAGGGCUCUUGGAUUUAUGUAUAUUAGGUACACACAGCCUCCUACUGAUCUAUGGGACUGGUUUGAAUCGUUCCUUGAUGAUGAAGAGGACCUGGAUGUGAAGGCAGGUGGGGGUUGUGUUAUGACCAUUGGGGAGAUGCUUCGUUCCUUUCUUACUAAGCUCGAAUGGUUUUCAACAUUGUUUCCAAGAAUUCCUGUGCCAGUCCAGAAAAACAUUGAUCAGCAAAUAAAAACCAGACCUAGAAAAAUCAAGAAGGAUGCCAAGGAGGGAGUGGAAGAAGUAGACCGACAUGCAGAGCGUAGACGUUCAAGGUCUCCAAGAAGGUCUGUGAGCCCUAGGAAGUCUCCUAGAAGAUCCAGAAGCAGAAGUCAUCAUCGGGAAGGCCAUGGAUCAUCUAGUUUUGAUAGAGAACUAGAACGGGAGCGAGAACGGCAGAGAUUAGAACGUGAAGCUAAGGAGAAAGAAAAAGAGAGGCGAAGAUCACGAAGUACUGAUCGUGCAUUAGAGCGGAGGCGAAGCAGAAGCAGAGAGAGACACAGAAGCCGUAGUCGAAGUCGUGAUAGAAAGGGAGAUAGAAGAGACAGGGAUAGAGAGCGGGAGAAAGAAAAUGAACGAAGCAGGAAAAAAGAUAGAGACUAUGACAAGGAAAAGGGUAAUGAAAGAGAGAGAUCGAGGGAACGGUCAAAAGACAGGAAAAGUAAGGGUGAAAUAGAAGAGAAAAGACACAAAGAUGACAAGGAUGAAAAGAAGCACAGGGAUGAUAAGAAAGAUUCCAAAAAAGACAGAAAACAUAGCAGAAGCCGAAGCAGGGAGAGGAAGCAUAGGAGUAGGAGUAGAAGUAAGAAUACAGGUAAGCACAGUAGAAGCAGGAGCAAGGAGAAAUUAAGUAAACAUAAAAAUGAAAGUAAAGAUAAAUCAAAUAAACGAAGUAGAAGUGGAAGCAGAGGAAGAACCGAUAGUGUUGAAAAGUCCAGAAAACGAGACCACAGUCCCAGCAAAGAGAGAUCCCGAAAGCGUAGUAGAAGCAAAGAACGAUCCCUUAAACAUGAUUACAGUGAUAGCAAGGACCAUUCAGACAAACAUGAUCGUAGAAGGAGCCAAAGUACAGAACGAGAGAGCCAAGAAAAGCAACAUAAAAACAAAGAUGAGACUGUGUGAACUCAGUGAAAAGUGGAUCACAUUGAAUCCUAUAAAUCUUUGAUUAAAUCCUGCUUAUUUUUUUCUUAAAGUUGAGAUUGUGCAGUAGUUGAGCACUCUUUUUUCAACCUCCCUCUAGGCUGCAGAUUGUCAUUUCCUAUGUUGGGUAGGGAAGUGCCUUUGUAAUCCCAUUUGAUGCAUUGAUGGUUUCAACCCAUGUGUUUAGUUUAAUUCAUAAUGCAAAGAUUGUUCUUGCGUUUUUAUUGUUCAAAUGUUUCUCAAAUGUACAGUCUGUACAUAUGUCCUGAAAAUGUUUUAAUUCCUUUGGUAUGGUUGCCAUGUUGGUUAAAUUUGUAUAAGGCAAUAAACUGCCACUAAUUCUACUUUUGUUUUGUAGAUGUGGAAUUAUGGUUUAUAUCUAGAAAUUAGCAUGGCUGUGCUUUGCAUAAUAGUAUGACAGAAGCUUUGGGGGUGGGUCUUGAUUGUGUAUUAUAGCUCAAAUAUUUAUGUGCAUAUGAUGUACAUAAGGGCUGAAGAUUUAGAAUUAACUUGUGUCCAUUGUAUCUACUGUCUUAGAAAGCUUUUUAAAAUGUAUUAUGUUUUAAUCCCCAACAAAGUGUUAUAUUCAGAGUAGGUUUUCAAGCAGGUAGCAAUUUUUAAUGCAGGGAUUUAGAUUAUGCUGUGGCUUAUUUAGUAACCCUCUUAGGAAUGCUACCUCAGAGGGACACUGUUAAGGUUGGUAAGCGUGUACCAUAACUACCUAUGCAUUUUUUCUUACUUGUUUAAAAAAUCCAUGUAAAUUUGCUCUUCUUUUCAACACUUUCUUCAGUUUGUUUUGAUUAUAAAAAAUCAGUGCUGUCAACCUGUCACUCAUCAUAAAUCUAGGUUAACAAAGGUGUGUGAGAAUGGAGGAGGGAGGUAGGAAGGAGAAUUUUUGCCAAGAAACAGAUUUGAGUUUCAGGCUUCCAAAGCAUUUUUAUAAAUGAAAAACAUAUUUAAAAUAAAUACCUUGAUAGUGUCCUUUUUUAAUUCAUAAUGUUUUCUACAAAUAGUAAAGAUUGCUGUUCUGAGCUGAAACUUUCAUCUCCAGCAGUGGGAAAAGUAAAUAAGUUUUAAAAACAGAUUAGCUAGUAGGAGGUAAUACCAAAAUGCACUAUUGAAAAAUCAUAUAAUAAAAGUCCAGUUCUGCUUGAUAGGUUGUUCUGAUGACUUGUGUAUUGAGUGAGGAGAACCAUCGGUCUGGAAUAAACACUGGAUUAACACCUU